AUGUGGUCGUUGAAAGAGCUCAUCGCUUCCGCCUUCUUGUUUCUUGCUGGCCUUAUUGUUCUCGUUAUCGCUAUUGGCGUGUGGGCUCUCUUUCGUAACUUUGCCAGCCGUCCAGCUCAUCCAGUUUCCCCCAACCUUGGCGAAAAUACUCCUCAUGUCACCAUAAUUCGACCGAUCAAAGGCGUCGAGCCUCGACUCUACGAUUGCAUUGCCGCAUCGUUUCGCCAGAACUACCCCCAAAACAAGAUCUCGAUCCGUCUCUGUCUCGAAAAUGACAAAGAUCCGGCGUACCCGAUCCUACAGAGGGUCCUUGAGGACUUCCCCGGUAUCGAUGCGCGUAUCAUGCUUGAGGUAGACGACCUUGCGUUAGGCACGACGCCGAAUAUGGGGCCGAAUCCCAAAAUUCGUAAUCUCAGCCGAGCAUACCGAGAGGCCACAGGGGAUAUUGUGUGGAUUGUGGAUUGCAACGUCUGGAUGGCCAAGGGAGUCUUGGGGCGCAUGGUUGAUAAGCUUGAGGGAUGCAAUGGUGACGGUGGUAACGUUCCCUACAAGUUUGUCCACCAACUACCCAUUGUUGUUGACUUGAUCGACUAUUCCACACCGGUUGCAGCAGACGGUCAGCCCCUGUUAGCUGCUUCCCCUGUAGAAGACGAUGCGUCAGAUCACUCGGGCGAAGGGGGUUCUCAUGAUAAUCCCAAGGUUUGGGCUCAAGGUGGCGGGCGACUCGACGAAAUGUUCAUGGCAACAUCGCAUGCCAAAUUCUACAGUGCUAUCAACACUUCUCGUGCAGCGCCUUGCGCAGUGGGCAAGAGCAACAUGUUCCGCAAAUCUCACCUCGAUCACGCGACCAACGCUGUACUGAAUCCUAGGAUACCUCAGGACAAGAACCUCCCAACGGGCGUGGAUUACUUUUCGCACAAUAUCUGCGAAGAUCAUAUGAUCGGCGAUAUCCUUUGGAAUACUGAAUUUCCCGGCCACAGGAACCAUGGGUUAGUCUGGGGUGACAUCGCUGUUCAGCCGAUGUCGGGCAUGUCUGUGAAAGCAUAUGCGGCACGACGCUCUCGCUGGCUCAGAGCGAGAAAGUUCACGGUUCUCCCAGCCACACUCAUUGAGCCUUUCACCGAGUCUUUCGUGUUUGCCACAUAUUUUACUUUUGCAAUCACCACACUGCGGAUAUGUGGCAUUCCUCCGACCUGGGCUGCUAGGGUGAUUGCAUGGCUUACAACAAUCACUGUCUGGAUGCUUGUCGACUUUUUCGGCUACAGACGUUUGCACUCUGGCGUUACUAUGGAGGUUGAUGAGGAGACACCUCGUUUCGCCAGAGGGUUCAUGAAUCGAGAUGGAAUCAAAACUCGCAAAUUCUUAGAGUUCCUAGCUGCCUGGAUUGUCCGUGAAGCUUUAGCUCUUCCAAUCUGGGCCUACGCAGUUGUCUUCGGGAAUACCGUUAACUGGCGAGGAAGACGGUUCCGUAUUCGUAGGGAUACAACUGUUGAAGCACUUGAUGCCGAAGAAGAACGGAGUCGUCAGAUGCAGACUCCUGAGCUUGAAAGGGGACCUUCCCAGAAUAAGCAACGGGUUGAUUGA